CUCCAGCAGAGAUGCACGCACAUCCAGCGCCCGAUCGUCAAUAUUUCUACAUGUUUCUCUCUACAUUCUCUAGUUUCUUUGCUCUGUUUUGACGUCCCCUCCAUCUGAAAGACAUGCAACUUUGGAAGAGCUUGGCAACCAGGUAGUGGACAGCUGUACAGCAACAGCAUGCCGUUUCUAGCAAACAACAUUCCCUGUAUUUUCGCCGAUUCAGUCCACGAUCACUUGGUUUGUGGAUGUAUAUGGUUGUUUGACUGACGCCCGAGUGGAGGAAACCGCAGAAGGGCGAGGGAGAAUGGCUUCGAAAGAGCGUCUGUACGAGCUCUGGAUGUUAUAUUACACUAAGAAAGAUGUCGUUUACCUGCAGCAGUGGUUGGAGGCAUUCGUGGCGUCUUUUGAGAAGGUCAUUGAUGUGCACUCGAUUGAGCCUCGCCGGCUGGAGGAAUGGAGUGCCGAUGUCCCCCUUCUCCCCAAGGAGGUUCUGGUAUUCCUCAGUACACAGCUCUGGCACAGCGCCCUCCACAUGUCAGGGCAGGACCAGAGCAUCACUGCACCACAUCCUCUGCUCCUUAUCAAGUUCUUCAUCAUCAUCUGCAGAAAUAUGGAGAAUAUAGACUCCGAAAAGACGCCUGGGUUUGUUUUUGAGACGAUCAAGCUCCUGAACUUCUGUUUGGCUCAGCUGAAGAAGCAGCCAGAUGAUCAGAGCACUUUACAGGCGGUGGUACAACAUGGCCUGCUGCUGUGUGAAAAUCUCUUUGACCCUUAUCAGACGUGGAGGAGACGGCAGGCGGGGGAGGAGGUCAGUAUGCUGGAGAGAAGCAAGUACAAAUUUUCCCCUCUUGUUCUGCCAGAGGAGCUUCCUAUGCUCUUCCAUGAAUACCUCCAAGACAGUGAACUAAUCCCUGAACCACUGGUGGUGAGGCUGGUGCAUCUACAGGGAGCUGUAAUCAGUGGAUGCAAGAGAAAUGGCCUUCUCUCCAUCACCCCGCAGGCUGUGAAGGAUCUCAUGUCUGUGUUGCGCUCCUGGUGCCUUUGUCCUGCCUCAUCCCCACAGCAGCCCAGGGACCCUCAGCUGCUCAGGAUGGCCCUUCGCUGUCUGACUGUAAUGAUUCAUCUUCUGCACUCCAGCAGUGUGAACGAGAGACAGGUGGAGAUCCGGAGCGCGCUGGACGAUUAUUUCCAACUGCUCAACUGGAACCGUCCACCGGACAGCCAGCAGGGAGAUAUGCACGCCUGGGAGGAUAAUCUCAUUACCCUUCUUGAACAUAUGCUUAAUGCCAUCCCUGAGAUCCUCCAAUGUUCAGACCGGCCGGUGUUGCAGGCCAUCUUUCUUAAUAACAACUGCUUUGAGCACAUCCUACGCCUCAUCCAGAACAGCAAGCUUUAUCAGAGUAACAGGUUUAAGUUGGAGUGUGAGGGCCAGUGUGACCUCACUACACGCUUGCUCACAGAGUCUGAAGUGGAGCAGGUGUGGGAAAAGGGCUCUGACUGCAUCACAGUCCACGCCAUUCGAGUCCUGACCGCCAUCAUGAGUAACUCUCCCUCUGCUAAGGAGGUCUUCAAAGAACGGAUCGGUUACUCACAGUUGUUCGAUGUGUUGAAAAGUCAAGGGCAGCCCACCAAAAGACUAUUGCAGGAGCUGAUGAACAUGGCUGUUGAAGGAGAGCAUUCUCAGGCCAUGCAGUUGGGCAUCAGUAAUGAACAGCCUCUGCUUCUGCUGCUGCAGUGGUUGCCAGAUCUGGGCUCUCGCUCUCUGCAGCUGCUGGUUUCUCAGUGGCUGGCGGCUGUAUGUCGGGGCACUCUGUCCUGCCGCACGGUUUCGGUUGAAGCUGGUUUGGUGGGUUCCCUUCUGGAGGUGCUGUCAGAACCCCCGGAGCGGCUGGACCGGCAGUGUGCAGACUCUCUCCUGGGUUUGCUACAAGAUUUGGGCUCGCUUUCUCUACGACCCUGCGAGCUCAAGAGCCUGCUGAAGCUCUUGCGGACUGAACCCGGGGCUCCUCCGCAUCCGUACUGCGGUCGGGUGGUGAGGGUGCUUUCUGCCAUGGCUGCACGUGGGGAGGGUGGUUGCAGCGCCUUGCAGUAUUUUGACCUUACGCCCCCUAUGGCGGGUAUCAUGGUGCCAGCAAUACAACGCUGGCCAGGGAGCGCGUUUGCUUUCCAUGCUUGGCUGUGCCUCAACACAGACUUUCCUCCGCCACAGCACCACUACUCUGAAUCACACCUGACAAACAUGGAUAAUACUGUCCGCAUGGCUAAAGGACCACGCAGGAAACAGCUCUACAGUUUCUUUACAGCAAGCGGAACUGGCUUUGAGGCGUUUUUCACCACAGAAGAAGUUUUGGUGGUGGCAGUAUGUACUAAAAAGGAAUACAUGGCCGUUUCUUUACCGGAGCACCCAUUCAAUGACUGUGCUUGGCACUCAGUAGCCAUCGUUCACGUUCCUGGCCGUCGACCUUUUGGACAGAACGUGGUCACUGUUUAUGUGGACGGAGUGCAGUGUAAAACAGCCCCCCUGCGUUUCCCUUCUCUGAAUGAGCCUUUCACAUCCUGCUGCAUAGGAUCAGCUGGUCACCGGACCACUACCACCACCAUGACUACCUCUCCAACUCUACCCAACCCGCCCCACUCGCCCUCCGAGAUGGCAUUCGCAGCUCAUACUGGGCCGCCCACUCUUUUACGUUCACAGUCCUUCCCAGCAUCCUUUGCAGCAGCUGCAGGAGGGCGGCCAGGUGGGAAUCGCGAGAGUCCUGUCCACACCAUCCAAGCAGGGCUUCAGGACACGGCUUGGGGCUCUCCAUCCUCACUGGGGGGCCUUUUAGCGACGGCGUUCAUCUGUCACGAAGCUCUGCAGCCAGCUCAAGCUCGAGCCCUGUUCACUGCGGGUCCCAAUAAUGUUUCUCUGUUCAAAGCCGAUGGAGAACCUUCAGAAGUCAACAGUAAACUAGUGCUUUACUAUACUCCAAAGGCCUUUAAAAGCCAGAUCUGCUUGGAUCUGUCCCCUAAUCAUCUGUAUGAUGGCAGGCUGACUGGUCACAGAGUGGUGAACUGGGACGUUAAGGAUGUGCUGAGCUCAGUUGGUGGGAUGGGGGCUCUUCUUCCCCUGCUGGAGCAGGUGUGUUUACUGGAUCAGCGUGAGACCGUGGGUCAGGAGACUUCAGAUCUGCUUGGGCCAGAGCUCACCUCUUCUAGGGGUCCCGCCGGAAUGCUGCUGCCUCUGGGGAAGUCAUCUGAGGGCCGUUUAGAGAAGAACAGUGUGGCAGCGUUUCUGCUGAUGAUUAAGAACAUGCUGCGCAACCAUCCAGCCAAUCAGGAGAGUCUGCUCCAGUGCCAUGGGCCAGCCAUUAUCGGGGCAAUGCUCGGGAAGGUCCCCAGCAGUAUGAUGGACAUGAGUGUACUAAUGGCCUGUCAGUUCCUGCUCAAGCAGGUGUCCAAUGAGGGCAACAACGCCCUGCUGUCUCAGCUGUACCAGUACCUGCUCUUUGACUUCCGCAUCUGGAGCCGCAGCCACUUCGCUGUCUGUCUGGGUCAUGUCCAGUACCUGACCACUGUCAUCAAUGAAGGCAAGCUGAAGACUCGCAGGAAGUAUGGUGUUCAGUACAUCCUGGAUUCAAUCCGGACACACUACAGCGUGGAGAAGGAUGGCAGUCCUCUGUCUGAUGAGAGGCAGACGGUGCAGAUCUCUCUUUUCUCUCUGCUGAAAGACCUUCUGAAAUCUCCCACUGCUGAAGAGCUGCACAGUGUGCUGGCCUACGCUGCUAUAGUGCAGGAUGAGCAACAGGUGAUCAGUGUUCUAGAUGUGUUGCACACCGUCUUAAAGAGUUCUCCUCCACGUGAGCAGGUGGUGACUGUUCUUCUCGAUCGAAGGGUCGAGCAGCUGUACUAUUUGCUCCUCAAAACCAACUAUGGGGAUGAGGCUCGAGAGAGAUUAUUCAGGGUCAUGUAUAAAGUUCUGAAGAGUGAGCGUGUACAUGAUCGCAACAAACAGCUCAUAAAACUCAAGGACUCUGGCUAUCUUGGGCUAGUCUGCUCCUUUGGCGACGUCCCCAUCACCAUGACUACUGUGCGCUGUUUGUAUGAGCAGGUGCUCGCCACAGAUCCCACUCCUAGUUUUAAAGACUUGUUGGCAGUGGUGUACUUAUCCCAUCGUGCCGAUCUCAGUGCUCGACUAGAAAUUGUUCGUAAGCUCUUCUGCUUGAUCCACUCCAACGAAGAGUAUGUGAAACAGCUGGCUCAUCAAUCAGGCUGGCAGGAUGUUCUCACCAAACUCUACGUCAAAGAAUCAUACGAGUCUCGUGUUCGCAGUCAGUCCAAUUCUUUAUCCAGCCCCACUUCCUCACUGGACCCAGUCCUUUCCAGACCCGUCUUCCGUCGAGAUGACAGCGUAACAGAGGAUGUUCGGCAGAACGUCUAUAUCACCCUCGCUGCCCGCCACGAAGAAGACUACGAGGAGGAGGAAGGAGAAACUCAGGAUGCUUCUGAAGGCUUUUCUGACCUUUCCCAGUCUCCUCCAUCAACCGGGCAGCUCAAGAAUGAUUCCCUCCACUUUAAGCCAUUUGACUCCGGAGACCAAAGCAGUCAUUCGUCUACCUUGUCCAACACUGUAGACUUUCCACCAUCUCGCCUGCAGGAGGAAGAUGAAGCCGUGUAUCAGCCCCUCUCACCAUUCGGCUCACCCUUUGAGCUGGAAUUAAAUCACCAGAAAGGACCCCAGACCCCCGUGGGUAGCCAGCCAGAGACCCCCUCUCCUCUAGAGCACAAUAAAACCUUCCUAGGCAUGAGACCCCGCAAGAGCUCCAGUCUGUCUAAUGUUCUGGACGACACAAGCUACAGCACCGAACCACCUACAGACACAAUCUCCAAUACAUCAAACCCACAGGCUCCAGAAGAGGAGUUGUGUAAUUUGUUGACGAACAUCGUUUUCUCUGUGCUGUGGAUUGGCACUGAGGGGUCUGAAGAUGUGAUAUGGAGAGAAAGAGGUCAGGUGUUUUCUGUCCUCACCAAGCUUGGGUCAUCCUGCCAGCUGGUGCGGCCACCUGACGACAUCAAACGCAGCCUGUUGGAGAUGAUGCUGGAGUCAUCUUUGUCAGAUCUGAGGGACUCUCAGGGUGUGUCUUUGCCCCAUGUGCCUUCCCUGCUCCGCCUUCUUAGACUGCUCCAGGACUUCCUAUUUGCAGAGGGCACUUGCAAUCAUACACUAUGGAGUGAGAAGAUCUUUGAGGGGGUGGUGAAUCUGCUGGACAGACUGAAGGCAUGGCACACAACCCCCGGGUCAGCAGGCUCCGCUGAGCUCAAAGAGAUGUCUCUGAUCGGCCUGCGGAUCAUUACUGGAUACAUUCAGCAGCAGCAGAACCCACAGGUGUGUGAGAUGGCAUGUCUAAAGCUUCACAGUUUGCUUCAGACAGUCUUGUGUCUGUCCUGGGAGGAAGUGUGUUUUCUUCUGGGUCGUCUUGGUGCACCACUUUGUCCCGCAAACUCUACUUCAGGCACGAGUGCUGAGGGUUUUCUGAGUCCACUUGUUCCCAUCGUCCGAGCACUGCUGGACCAGCAUGCAGACCACACCACGCUGCAGGAGAAGCUGCCAAACCUCCCCGCAACCAACGGCAGCCCAUCCUUUGCCCAGGACCUGCAGAUAUACUGCAGCACAGCUGAAUGGCAGCAGUUUUACCAAAACCACGUGGAGCCCACAAUGCAGCAGUAUGAGCUGGACACUUUUGGGAAGAGCCACGACUUGAUGUCCAACUUCUGGAACUCCUGCUUUGAUGACCUGAUGAGCACCGGUCAGAGGAGAGACAAGGAACGCUCUGAUUCAAAGGCCAAAUUUCAGGAGGUGAUCGUAGAUCCGUACCUGAAGCGUGUGCGCACAGAGAACAGCCGCUACCACAAUGUGCAGAAGAUGAUCAACGGCCAGCAGACUGUGGUGUGGAGGCACUGGAGGUCAUUACGCAGAUUACUGAGCAGCGACAGAGGAGCCUGGCCCCUCAGAGUUCAGCCAGAGGUGAAAUGGAAACUCUCGAGUGCAGAGACAUACUCUAAGAUGCGUCUGAAGCUGGUGCCAAACUACAGCUUUGACUCUCACUCUGAUGCCAGUGCCCUGAGAGAUAACAUGGGAGCAGACAGUCCUCGCAGCUCAACCGAACCUCUUCCGCUUGCUGUUGCCAGGGAAGCCAAAGUUAGUGACAUGGAUGAUGACAAAUUAGAAGACGAGGAUAUUGUUUUCCUUGAAGAGGCAGAGGAGGCCGAGGAGGAGAGCCAGAAGGAGAAGCUGGUGCUCUCUGAGGACUGUGAGCUCAUCACUAUAGUUGCUGUAGUCCCGGGUCGUCUGGAGGUCACAACGCACCACCUGUACUUCUACGACGGGAGCAGUGAGAAAGAGGAGACGGAGGAGGGCAUUGGGUUUGAUUUCAAGAGGCCACUUUCCCAGUUAAGAGAGGUCCAUCUGAGGCGCUACAACCUGCGGAGGUCAGCGCUGGAGCUGUUCUUCAUCGACCAGUCACACUACUUCAUCAACUUCCGGAAAGGGGUGCGGAACAAAGUCUACUCCCGGAUCCUGGGUCUCAGGCCUCCCAAUCUUUUCUACUUUGGUUCCCGUUCUCCUCAGGAGCUCCUGAAAGCCUCCAAUUUGACUCACAGAUGGGUCUGCCGAGAGAUCUCCAAUUUUGAAUAUCUGAUGCAGCUCAACACCAUUGCUGGUCGCACAUACAAUGAUUUAUCUCAAUAUCCAGUGUUUCCAUGGGUGUUGUGUGACUACACUUCAGCAGAAUUGGAUCUGGAUGACCCAGCGGUUUUCAGAGAUCUGUCCAAACCCAUCGGUGUUGUCAACCCUCGCCAUGCACAGAACGUCAGGGAGAAGUAUGAGAGUUUUGAAGACCCAACAGGCACUAUUGAUAAGUUCCACUAUGGCACACACUACUCUAAUGCUGCUGGCGUCAUGCACUACAUGAUCCGCACAGAGCCCUUCACCUCAUUGCAUAUUCAGCUCCAGAGUGGCAAGUUUGACUGUGCUGAUAGGCAGUUUCAUUCAAUAGCAGCAGCAUGGCAGGCACGGAUGGAGAGUCCAGCAGAUGUGAAGGAGCUCAUACCAGAAUUCUUCUACUUCCCAGAAUUCCUGGAGAACAUGAACGGUUUUGAUCUGGGAUGCCUGCAAAUAAGUCAGGAGAAGGUCAAUAAUGUGUUGCUUCCACCUUGGGCAUCUUCACGGGAAGACUUCAUCAGGAAACACCGUAAAGCCUUGGAGAGUGAACAUGUGUCUGCUCACCUGCAUGAAUGGAUCGAUCUCAUAUUCGGAUAUAAGCAACGGGGACCUGAAGCAGUGGAGGCUCUUAAUGUCUUCUACUACUGCACUUAUGAGGGUGCAGUCGAUCUGGAUGCCAUUGCUAAUGAGACUGAGCGCAAAGCCCUGGAAGGCAUUAUCAGCAACUUUGGCCAAACACCCUGUCAGCUUUUAAAGGAGCCUCAUCCUCCACGUAUGUCAGCAGAGAACGCAUUCAGGCGUGCGGCCCGUCUCGACAUACUGCCACCAAACCUCUUUGAUCAGCUCAGUAAACUCAGAUCUUUCAAGGAGGUGGUGAGUGAUGGCCUGGCAUUAGUGCAAGCUGUGGUGCCCAGAAAUCAAACCCGCUCCUUUAUCAUCCCAGGCUCUGACAUACUGGUGACAGUGAGUGCUAAUGGAAUGAUAGGCACUCAUAGCUGGCUGCCCUACGACAAGAACAUAGCCAAUUACUUCACCUUCACCAGAGACCCUUCUGUCAGCAACCCAAAGACCCAGCGGUUCCUCAGCGGGCCGUUCUCCCCAGGGGUGGAGAUGGGGUCCCAGGUGCUGGUGGUGUCCAGUGACGGCCGUCUGCUGUUCAGCGGGGGGCACUGGGACUGCAGCCUGAGGGUCACUAUGUUAGGCAAGGCCAAGCUGGUAGGCAGGAUCUGCCGGCACAUAGAUGUGGUCACCUGCCUGGCUUUGGAUCUGUGUGGAAUCUACCUCAUCUCUGGCUCACGGGACACCACCUGCAUGGUCUGGCAGGUCCUACAGCAGGGUGGUUUCUCCAGCGGCUUGUCUCCACGGCCCAUUCAGGUGCUCUGUGGGCAUGAUCAGGAGGUCACGUGUGUGGCCAUCAGCACUGAGUUAGAUAUGGCCAUCUCGGGGUCGAAGGAUGGCACAGUGAUCGUGCACAGUGUUCGUCGUGGGCAGUACCUGUGGACAUUAAGACCACCGUGUGAGAACUGUGUUUCAGCUCCUGUGGCACAGCUGGAGGUCGGCAUGGAAGGCCACAUAGUGAUGCAGACUGUAUUGGAGGGCCGCUCUGCUGGAAAGGAGAGGUAUGCUCUGCAUGUGUAUUCUGUAAAUGGCACUCUGCUAGCAUCUGAGACCUUGGAUGAGAAGAUUUCAGCUUUGUACUUGGUGCCUGACUACCUCAUUGUGGGCACACAACAGGGAAACCUCCACAUUAGAGACUUGUACAGCUUGAAUUUGGCCGUGGCUCCUUUGGCCCUGAAGGUCCCAGUACGCUGUGUGUCCGUCACAAAAGAGAGCAGUCAUAUUCUGGUGGGUCUGGAGGAUGGCAAACUCAUCGUGGUGGGAGCAGGAAAACCAGAGGAGGUGCGGUCAGGCCAGUUCUCCCGCCGACUGUGGGGCUCCACACGCAGAAUCUCCCAGGUGUCUUCAGGAGAGACCGAGUACAACCCUGUAGAGGCCCCUGCUAAAUGAGCCCUCUGUGCCUUCAGCAGGACCUGUGCUUCGACAGGAGAGGAAAAACAUCAGCCUGCCAUCCUCAAACUGAGCUCGGGAACAAGAGAGAGCAUCAAGGGAACACACGCUGUGCACUUUUAACGUUAAGGGAAGAGACGAUGCUAUGGUGUAUACUGCUUUUAACAAACAAACAUUCCAAAGAUUUUUGAUCAGCGUUUUGGGCUAAAGCAGUUUGCUCUGUCCUGUGAAUCACACAGACUUCAUUUGCUGUCACUGAGUGACAAAGCAUCACCACUGGAGUUGUUUUAUAUUGUAGGAGACCUUUCUAUUGUGAUCUGCUGAUGCCGGUCAGCUCUGCAACACUGGUACUCCGGCUGACACUUGAAAACCUUAGUAUGUUAAGUUUACCAAGCUGGAUUUUUCCACAGGCACCAACAGAGAAGUUUGGGCUCUCUCUGUGUCUGUAUGUGUGGGUGUGGGUGUGGGUGUUUGUAUUGCUUUGUGUACCGCAAUAAUUAAUGUGACGCCUAAAUUGGAGCAAGAUCCUUUGACUCUUGUGUUGUAAAGCGCUUUGAGACUUAAUUCAGUACCUCUGGUGCCUUAAAACAGGUAAACAAUGGAAACGGCCAUAAU